UUGAGGGGAUUGCUGAACUCUGAAGCAGGGGAAUUGUUUUGCUUUCAUCUGUACUAAAACCCGACGUCGUACCAAAUCCCAAUCGAAGUAGCCGUUUUUAGUACUAAAAGUAGAAAUUUGCCGCCUCACGGCAUGCUUGGGCUCAUUUACAACAACACUACCGCCCGGUGCACAUCAUGGACGAGGCAGCGCAGCAGGAAGUGAAAAAGAUUCUCGCCGACUUCUUGUCGAACAAUUCAUCGUCCUCCUCGCACGAUGCGUCGUUCAACGACCUCGAACAGUUGGCCGAGCUGCACAAACAGAUAGAGCUGAAGAAAGUGCACCGGGACGAUUUGCGUCGUUUGAAUUUCGGACUGUUCUCGCUCAAGCAGGGACUGGCGAGCUUUGGCAGCGGAGCGUUCGAGGAACAGCUUGCCAUCGAUCACCACACCAUCGUCCGGCAGGUGGUGGAGAAGUACCGGGAGGCAUCGUACGGUUUGCAGCGUUAUUGCGGCGAGCAGACACUGCUCGGCCAGUCGCGGCAGGCUCUGCUCGACCAGGGCGAGCUGCAGAAGCUGCAGAGUGUGCUGCGGCUGCAGGACCAGCUGCGCGUGAAGCUCGCCAGCACGCCGAUCGUGAAGCAGUGGGACCGGGAGAAGGCCACCCUGUGCGCGGAACAGAAGGAGCUGGCCAAGCUGGAGCAGGUCAGCAAUGAGAUUACGCACAAGCGUAAAGACAUGCUCGACCGGAAGCAGGGCGAGUUGGCCAACGUGCUGAUCGCUAUCGGCGAAGGUUUCGAACGGGCGGAGGAGCUGCGCAUCAAGCUGGCGGGGAUUACGAAGCAGCACGGAGACGACCUGCACGACGACCACAGCAGCGAGACCGAUCUGCGGUCGGAAGAUGGGCGGAAGGAUGCGGGCGGCACCGGUGGGGUGGAAGCGGAUCGGGAGGCGAACAGUUCGCCGAUGUUUGAAUCGAUCGACUGGAACCUGGAAAGCGCCAGCAUGGACUUGAAGUUGGAUCUGAACUUCAAGAAUCCGAACGAUUUCCCCGACAUCCUGGCGCACCUCAGCACCAUCCAUUCCGGCAAGUAUCAGCUGCAGGAUGUAGCCCACUCCGUCGUUGACAAGGGCAACGGGAAGAAAGCGCGCCACGAAGCAAAGCCACCAAAGGGUGCGAUGAGAAAGGGUGGCAAAGCAGCACCGGGUGAGGUUAAGUCAUCGCUCCCGGAACAAACUGACAGAGAUGCUGCUGCUACGGUCGCAAAGAAAUCCAAAAUGGCGGACUGUCGCGAAAAGGUUACUACGCCACAAGUGGAAGAGCGCAACGGGAACGACACGGAAAAUGUAAAGCCGGCCGAAAAUCGCAAAAAUCCGCAGCAACGCAACGAUUUCGCAGUGCCCAAAGCACCAAUGCCAAAGAAGGCGGUUGGCGCCAAUACGGCCAAUGUGCAAAAUGCUGCUGCACGCCCGUUGCGCAAAGUGCCGCCACCAGGGACGCCGAAAAAGUCCCCACAGAAGCGGGUCGCAAUGGCCGGAACCGGCCGUAAGGAGUGCAAAAAAGCACUCGCGCCUGCUUUGGUCCAAAUACAGCAGUCCAGCAGCCAUCGCUCUUCAAGCAACCCUUCUGCCAGAGCGUCCGGUGGAAACAGUAAGGGCGGUGGUUCCAACAGCAAUCAACCGAACUCGAAAAAGGAACCAGAAUAUGGCGCUCAAGAGCAGCCACGUGUGCAGCAAGAGAAACCUCAACAAGCCACAGCGCAACAGAAACAGCAACCGCAACAGCAACAAUCAAACAGAAACAACAAACCGACAGUGUCGAACACUGCCAAGUCGUCUACCCGUGAGCCGGCGGUGAAGGAGAGCGACCCGGAACCGAUGGAGCUGGACGCGGAGGAGGACUGCAACAUCGGCGAGAUGAUAGACACUUCGGCGAGCAACAAUUCCCUGGACUUUGUGAUGCAAAGUUCGAGCGGUGAGUUUGAUCUGAACUUUUCCGGCGACCUUCCCGACAUGAAUCUGGGUGAUGAUGCUGCUGCCGAUGAAGCGGACGAUCUGGACUUUUUGUGUGCCGGCCCGGCUAAACAGACGCGCAGCAAAUCGCAGAAGAGGAAAAAAUCGGUCGAUAGUAGUAAUGACGUAGCGGACAGCUUUGACUUUGCGUUCGACGGCAGCAACUCCAGCGAAUGUUUGGACGGUGGGGACGAUUUGUUUAGUUGAGCUACUUUUUUUAAAUGUUGCUAAU